AUGUUUUCUACAUCGCUCAUCGCCCUGGCGGCGGCGUCGUUGGUCUCGGCGGCCACACCGCCGGGCUUCCAGCCUGCGGGACAAGGCGCGCUCAUCAUCUCCUACGGCGGCAUCGCGGCCAUGAACGGCGUCAAUCUGCCAAAAGAGUCAACGGCCAAGGUGCCGCUCAUCGCGACAGAGCAGCCGCUGCAGGGCACGUACGCCAUCCUGAUGAUCGACAUGGACAUACCGACGAACGCGCCGCCGCAGACCAGCACACUGCUGCACUGGGCGCAGACGGGCUUCACGUCGGCGCAGACGCCCAUGGUGCUCAACUCGACGGCGGGGCCCAAGACGGUGUACGUCAUGCAGAACCUCGCGCAGCAGCCGCCGCUCGCCGAGUACAUCGGGCCCAACCCGCCGGCGCGGGCGCCCCUCGCGCACCGCUACGCCUUUGUCGCCGUCGACCACACGCAGAUCACGCAGCAGGGGCUCGGCGCGCUGUCGCAGGCCGCGAGCGAGCGGCGCGGCUUCGACGCCGUGCGGGCGCUCGCGGCGGCGGGGCUGCAGAUGAACGCCGCUGUGGCGGGGGACUACUUUAUCGUGCGCAAUACGGGACCCAUUCGCGACGGCAGCGGCAACGGCAGCGGCAACGGCACGGUGGGCGGCGGGCAGCAGCAGCAGCAGCCGCCGCCGCCAGCGUCGCCGGCGCAGCCUGGGGGUGGUCUCGGCCAGGGACAGCCGGUGCCGGGACAGCCGGGGCUCGGUCAGCAGCAGCCGGUGCCGGGACAGCCGGGGCUCGGUCAGCAGCAGCCGGUGCAGGGAGGCGGGGGCACGCAGAACGGAAACCGACCGGCGGCGGGAUCAGCGACGUACGGGCCUCCAGGCCGGGUGGGCGUCAUGGGCUUGAGUCUCGCUGUGGUGGCGGUGGUCUUCAUGGGACUGGCAUAG